GGGGCGGCCGGGCCGCGGCGGCCUCCGACUGGAUACGGCGGAUCGCCGGGGGCCUGAGGGUGGAGUCCCGGCCGGAGGCAGGCCGGGACUCUGGUGGGUCUAGGCGCGGAUCGGACGCGAGCAGGUCGGCGGCGGCGGCAGGAGAGCGGCCGGGCGUCAGCUCCUCGACCCCCGUGCCGGGCUAGUCCAGCGAGGCGGACGGGCGGCGUGGGCCCAUGGCCAGGCCCGGCAUGGAGCGGUGGCGCGACCGGCUGGCGCUGGUGACGGGGGCCUCGGGGGGCAUCGGCGCGGCCGUGGCCCGGGCCCUGGUCCAGCAGGGACUGAAGGUGGUGGGCUGCGCCCGCACUGUGGGCAACAUCGAGGAGCUGGCUGCUGAAUGUAAGAGUGCAGGCUACCCCGGGACUUUGAUCCCCUACAGAUGUGACCUAUCAAAUGAAGAGGACAUCCUCUCCAUGUUCUCAGCUAUCCGUUCUCAGCACAGCGGUGUAGACAUCUGCAUCAACAAUGCUGGCUUGGCCCGGCCUGACACCCUGCUCUCAGGCAGCACCAGCGGUUGGAAGGACAUGUUCAAUGUGAACGUGCUGGCCCUCAGCAUCUGCACACGGGAAGCCUUCCAGUCCAUGAAGGAGCGGAAUGUGGACGAUGGGCACAUCAUUAACAUCAAUAGCAUGUCUGGCCACCGAGUGUUACCCCUGUCUGUGACCCACUUCUAUAGUGCCACCAAGUAUGCCGUCACUGCGCUGACAGAGGGACUGAGGCAAGAGCUUCGGGAGGCCCAGACCCACAUCCGAGCCACGUGCAUCUCUCCAGGUGUGGUGGAGACACAAUUCGCCUUCAAACUCCACGACAAGGACCCUGAGAAGGCAGCUGCCACCUAUGAGCAAAUGAAGUGUCUCAAACCCGAGGAUGUGGCCGAGGCUGUUAUCUACGUCCUCAGCACCCCCGUACACAUCCAGAUUGGAGACAUCCAGAUGAGGCCCACGGAGCAGGUGACCUAGUGACUGUGGGAGCUCCUCCUUCCCUCCCCACCCUUCAUGGCUUGCCUCCUGCCUCUGGAUUUUAGGUGUUGAUUUCUGGAUCACGGGAUACCACUUCCUGUCCACACCCCAACCAGGGGCUAGAAAAUUUGUUUGAGAUUUUUAUAUCAUCUUGUCAAAUUGCUUCAGUUGUAAAUGUGAAAAAUGGGCUGGGGAAAGGAGGUGGUGUCCCUAAUUGUUUUACUUGUUAACUUGUUCUUGUGCCCCUGGGCACCUUGGCCUUUGUCUGCUCUCAGUGUCUUCCCUUUGACAUCUCAGUGUCUUCCCUUUGACAUGGGAAAGGAGUUGUGGCCAAAAUCCCCCCCCAUCUUCUUGCACCUCAACGUCUGUGGCUCAGGGCUGGGGUGGCAGAGGGAGGCCCUCACCUUAUAUCUGUGUUGUUAUCCAGGGCUCCAGACUUCCUCCUCUGCCUGCCCCACUGCACCCUCUCCCCCUUAUCUAUCUCCUUCUCGGCUCCCCAGCCCAAUCUUGGCUUCUUGUCCCCUCGUGGGGUCAUCCCUCCACUCUGACUCUGACUAUGGCAGCAGAACACCAGGGCCUGGCCCAGUGGAUUUCAUGGUGAUCAUUAAAAAAGAAAAAUCGCAACCAA